ACAGGCCUCGCACAAAAGUAUUCAUCGCUACGUUCAAUUGAGCUAUAACACAAUGUCUCUUACUCGUCUCUUUAACGACCCCUUCUUCUCGCUCUCGGACUUCGACCGUCUGUUCGACGACGCAUUCACGCGUCGCGCCAGUGGCGACAACCAAGUCAGCCAGCAGCGUGCGUCGCAGACCCUCGUCCCUAGGAUGGACGUGCACGAGGACGAGAAGUCCGCCCAGAUCACCGCGUCCUUCGAGCUUCCCGGCCUGAAGAAGGAGGACGUCAACAUCGACGUGCACAACAACGUGCUCACCGUCUCGGGCGAGUCGAAGUUGUCCAGCGAGCGCGAUGAGAACGGCUAUGCCGUCCGCGAGCGGCGCUACGGGAGAUUCAGCCGUGCUAUCCCCCUGCCCCAGGGAAUCAAGCACGAGGAUGUGAAGGCGACAUUGGAGAAUGGUGUCUUGACGGUCACCUUCCCGAGGAGCACGCCUGAACAGGCUCCGAAGAAGAUCACCAUUUCUUGAAGUGUGUCGGGAGAAGCGGCGAACGAGUGACCCUCCUGCGUGAUGACAUGGCAAUAUGUAAUUAUAAUAUCAUUAGCUAUGCGCAAUAUACCGCAGAGUAACUCUCGAGGAUGUCGACUGCGAUCUACAUUCGCGAAGCAACGUGU